AACAAACAUUCCGAUGCCCCUGCGUGGUGGCUACAAUGCCACAGGGGGGCGGCGCCUUGUCGGCCUCGACGCAAUUCAUUUUCACUUUAGCUCGGUCGUCGCCAUGCGCUUCAUUGCCCCAUUCGUCGCCCUUGCCUCUGCCGCUCAGGUCAACUCGUCGACGGGAGUCGCCCGAUGCACCAAAGCCGACUUGGAGGCCUUUCACGCAGCAGUCGUGGCGACACCUGCAUAUCCUGCAUGUGUGGCGGACGUCGGCCUCACCGUGGACCAAUUCAACUUUGAGCAAGUCGUUAUGAACUCCACGGACGUGGAUAAGUUGCUGGCGUCGGCCAACUGCGCCGCGCUGUAUCACAACGCGCAAUCCCUGUCGGCUCCGUGCUUGGAACUUCAACUAUUCCACGGCAUUUCGUGGGAUAUGGCCGCGGCCGUGCUCAAGGUUGCAUCCUACCCCAAGGUCUCGGACAAGUGCAACAAGAAUUCGCUCUUCGCGGCUUUUGCCCCCUUGAUCUUUGACGAAAACGUGUACGCGUGCUUGCAAGAUGCCGAGCUCCACGUCAACGACCUCAACGACGGCAAGCGGUUCCAGAAGAAGGAUCAGCUGCCUACGAUUGACCAAAUCGAACGCGUCCGCAACUCGACGGCGUGCCGCGCCGUGUACGCCAAGGCCGAGGACGUGCUAGUCACGUUGCCUCACUGCCAGUUUGACAAGUCCAAUGGCACGGACAUCCACAUCUUGGAAGCGUUGUCGUUCGAUGUCUUAGUUGACUGGAUUGAGUUUGGCAUCCGCGUCAACAGCGAGGCCAAACACGGAAACUUUCCCCCGGUGGCGCUCAGCUUGGCGGCGCAUUUUGGCUACGCCCCCGUCACUGACACAUCCAACCACUCCGUCGCUGCAGUGCCGUUGUACAUGGCGGUCGGCGCCUUCCUCGCUGUGGUUGCCAUGUACGUUGCUCAGCAACGUAAGCAAGGGUAUGAGCCCAUUCGCGGCCCCGCGUCUUCGCACGUCGUUAAGUGAGGACAGCCCGGUAAUCGUUUAAUUGAUUCGUCAUCGUGUCGAGUUGCUCUCGCCAUUCCAGCAACGCUUCUCCUCCUGUCAUUGCCCACUAGAUUCGGAACACAGGACGGAGCGUCGUUCAAGGGAGAGCAGGACAUGGUCGGCGACCCUGC